UCUGAUAAGCCCUUUUCAUUAUCUUUCUUAGCACUGUUUUGUUUUAAUAUUCUUGGACCCUUUCUUCCUGCAAUCCAUCUAUCUCUGUCUACAGAUUCUACACCCCACAUAUUACAAUGGGUACCUGCCUAAGCAAGAAGGGCUCGUCUCCUUCUUCUUCUUCUUCAGCUGUUAACAACGCAGCUGCUCCACCUUCAGCUCCAACUUGCAAAGCUAAAAAAGAAGAGGAUGGAGAAGAACAGAAGAAGACGGUACAAGCCCCAGAAAUCGUUAAGAAGGAGAUAUUCCUCAUAAAACAGCGAAAAAGUCAUGAAAGACGCCCUGAAGAAAAAGGAGCAACAGCAGCAGCAACAACAAAUACUGUCAAAGAUGAGAGCAACAGUAAUGGCAGCCAUGUCAAUGAAAUUAACGGAGGAGGCCCCACAACUAUGAGGGCAUCGAGCUGCACUAAAGAAGAAGUGGAUGCAAUCUUGAUACAGUGCGGAAGGUUAAGCAGAAGCUCUUCUGGGAAGGUUCCUGGUAAUUCAGACAACAGCAACAACAAUAACUCUCGUAGCCUCGGCAGCAGCGGAAGUAGAAAAUACUCUGGUUCUAAGAGAAGCUAUGAUUUUGAUCAAGACGACUCCAACAAGAAGGGGAGUAUUGUCGAUGCUGACGAUGAAGGUGAGGAAGAGAAGCAACAACCAUACCAACGCCAAUCUAGGUCUUCUCGAAGCCACAGGAGAACCCCCAGCAGAGAAAAGGAAGUUGAUAACAAGCGCUCCAGCAGCAGAGAUCGUGUUUCUCCUUCUGGUAGAGAAGAAAGGAGGCGAAACGGUGGCAGUGGGAGGAGGGUCAGUCGCUCCCCUGCUAGAUCAGAAAAUCCCACCCCUGCAUCUAAUCCUGGCCCUGACAAAUCUAGGCCAGGAAGGAUGGUGUCUGUGCCUGCUUCUGUCUCCACCAAGGAAAAGGCCACUUCCAUCCCAGAUUCUGCAACUGGAACCAAAAGGGUUUCUGGGAAGAGAAAUGGAUCAUCACCACGCUCACAGUCUCCUGCUAACUCUAGAGCGUCAAAUGAGAACGGCCAGCAGGUGCCCCCCCUGAGUCGCAACUCGUCUAAGAAAGCAGAACAUUCUCCUUACAGAAGAAAUCCAAUGAGUGAUCUUGAUGAGAACAUUCUGAGAAAUGAACAAGUUUCCUUGAGCAAGGCCGCAUUCAACAAAUUACAGAGGAACAGAGAAGGAACCGAGGAAGGAUUGACAAAUAAACCAUCCCAACUUCAGUCCAUGAAGCCUGAUGAGAGAAAAAAUGGAGUUUUCACAGAACAUCCAAAAGGAGCUAAAGGAGCUAAUGACAAUAGUAUCAAAGGCCUACGAGAGAACAAUGCCAUGGGUUGUAAAGCAAAGGAGGAGCAACGGGUCAUUGAAGAACGCGAGGUCGCUGUAACAGUUGGAGCCACCGGAGCUGAUAACCUGAAACCCCAAACCAUAACGAGAAGCAGGUCCUCUAGAAGGUCCAGAGACUUCGAUCUCAACCAAGACCCUGACACCCACGUGAAUCCUACAUCCUAUGCUUCAAUGCUUCUAGAAGACAUCCAAAACUUCCAUCAACAGAACAUGACUGGUUUUUCUCUACCACCUUGUGUUACCAAGGCCUGUUCCAUUCUUGAAGCAGUUGCAGAUCUCAAUUCAUGUACCAGUUCCAAUCUCUCUUCUGUUUUCUCCGAUGAUAGAAUCUCUGAAGCAGAUCGAUCUCAUAAGAAUGUUAUCUCAAAUUCCCAUUUUGGGAAGAGGUUGGAAUCCAAAGAGCCAUUUUUGGAAUCUGAGGUUGGGGUAAUUAAUGAUCUAAUAGAACCAAGCCUCCACAAGUAUGUCACUGUGAGGAGGGGUGUACUGGAAGGAGAGAUGGAACAGCAAGAAUCUUCUGGAAGCAACAGCUUCAUCACUCAACAUUGGGCUUCGUCUUCGUGGGAGCCCAAUUCAGCUGAUUCAACUGAGCGUUGGAGUUCACUAUCAAAUAAUGGAGAUGAAGUGGUAGAAAAGGAGCAGCAACCAAAGUCAGGUACCCCAGGCUAUCAGAAGCAGGCAUUUUCGGAACCCACCAGAGAAAUUCAAAUGGGUGGAAGGAGAUUAAAACAAUGUAGUAAUGAGGGCACUCUCUUACCUACUGCGACGCAAAAUGGGAGGAAAAGACAGACAACUCCUAUUGCUGUUGCAGCUGCUUCAUCUUAAGGUUGUCUCUUCAGUCUGUAUAAAGUUUCAAACUUGAAACUUGGGUGGUUUACAUCUGCAGAGACCAAGCAAUGGCCUUAUAUCUCUUUAGUGUCUGCAUAAUUGUUUGUACUUCUGCCUCCUCUAGUCAUGGGUCUCAUGGCAAUUGAUACAGGCAUUGUUUAAUUAUCUUGUGGAUUUUUUGUGGAG